AUGAUGGCAUCUCUGGCGUCAUUCCUGGCGUUGGUGCCGCUCCUAUCCACGGCACAUGCCCUUCACGGUGAGGGAGAUUGCGGCAUGGAGGAUUGCACUGCCAAUACAGCUUUGCUGCCGGCCAGUCACCUUGUGCAGACUGCCGCUUCCAGAGUCAAUCGCAUGAACAGCACAGCAUCGGCGCCUCUUGCGCUGAAGGCGGAAACUGCGAAGUUGAGCUACAGCCGCAGAUUCCGACAUGCCGUGGCCAACCAUGUGGUGUUGUCACCUGUUCUAUUUGCCAGCUUUGCAGUCUUGGUUUCCAUAGUGGGUGCUUACCUCAUGUAUCGACUCGAACAUGUGAAGGUGGCUCAUGACCUCGUCGGGAGUUUCACUUCAGAAAGAUGGUGGCUGAUUGUGAUGAGCUGCCUCGUGCAGGUCUUUUCGGGCUCCAUAUACGGCAUCGGCGCCUGGCAAGAUGAGCUCCGCGAUGUCCUGGGCAUCUCCAUGAAGAGCUUGACCUUGGUCGGAGCUGCAUCAGUCAUGGGCAUGAUUGCCGGCCCGGCGGGCGGCGCCGUCUACGAUACGAUGGGCCCGAGAGCUGCGGUGGUGUUAGGCAGCUGUCUCAUGACCGUCGGCUACUCCGUGAUAGGCUUGACGACUGUUGCGGGAGGUGUCCUGUCCCCGACACUGACAGUUGCCCUUGCUUCGCUGGGCUCUUUUGUGGCCGGAUAUGGCAGCGAGUGCCUGCUGGACAACACUGUGUGCAUGGCAUGUUCGGAGUCCUUCCCGCAUAACCGUGGUGCCGUGGUGGGGUGUGCCAAAGCAGCCGUGUCCACAACUACUGGGCUUUGGGCACUUGUUUGGGACAACAUGUUCGACAAGCCCAAUGGGCCAGGUCUGCCGAGCUAUCUCGCAUGCUUGGCCAUGUCCUGCUUUGGCAGUGGCCUCCUUGCGCUGCCAGGAAUCAAAGUACUUCCUCGCGGCGAGCCGCGGCAACCGUUUGACUACCGGGACCACAGCCGCCUCAUUGUUCUCGGCACUAUGCUCGCCGCACUUGCCGUCUAUGAUGUGGUGAUCAGCUUUUAUUUAUCAGAAGGAAGUUUACAACCUUCACGGACAAUGGGCUACUGUGGCAUAGCGCUGCAGAUGGCUCCCCUGGGCAUCUUGUUGACUGUCGGUGGGUCUCCAAGCCCAGAAGAGCUCCUGGCUCUAAAAGAAGAAGCCAGUUCGCCCAAGCGUGAGGUGCGUGGGGUGCCUUUUCUUGUGGCAGCACAGGGGCUGGAUUUUUGGCUACUUCUCCUGAUUCAGUUCGCACUCUUCGGGGGGGGGCCUAGUCAUCAUGCAGAACAUGGCCCUGGUCAUGGAGAGCGCAGGCCACAUCAGGGCUGCUAG